AUGCUGGGGCCCCGCGGAGCGGUCCCUAAAGCAACUGCCCUGGCACACGUCACGGCGCUUCCGCCGCUCCUCGCUCCACCCCCGACCGGGAGUGCGAGGGGCGGGGCGACGAGGGGGCGGGACCGCGGCCUCCUUGACGCCGGAACUUUCGGGGGCCGGGGAUGCGGGGAGCAGGGUAACUGCUGGACCGCUGGCGAGCGGUGUGAGGCGUGUGCAGGUUCCUCCGACCGCAGUUUGUCCCCGCGCGCUCUUCUGGGGCGCGCGUUCUCCGGCGUCCUGGCUACCCCGGCCGUGGCCGUCCGGGCGGUGGCCUGGCUGCUCCUCUGGGAGGUGGCUGGACUCACCUGCUCGCCAGCCAUAGCCUUCAACACCACACCCACCGACGCUGGCAUAAGGGCCACUUGUUCUGAAAUUAUUUUGAGGCAAGAAGUUUUGAAAGAUGGUUUCCACAGAGACCUGUUAAUAAAAGUGAAAUUUGGAGAGAGCAUUGAGGACUUACAGACCUGCCGACUCUUAAUUAAACAGUACAUCCCGACAGGACUUUUUGUGGAUCCGUAUGAGUUGGCUUCAUUACGAGAGAGAAACAUAACAGAGGCAGUGAUGGUUUCAGAAAAUUUUAAUAUAGAGGCUCCCAACUAUUUGUCCAAGGAGUCUGAAGUUCUCGUUUAUGCCAGACAGGAUUCACAGUGCAUCGACUGUUUCCAAGCUUUUUUGCCUGUGCAUUAUCGCUAUCAUCGGCCACAUAGUAAAGAUGGAGAAACCUUUAUUGUGCUCAAUAACCCAGAUUUAUUGAUGUAUUGUGACCAAGAGUUUCCAAUUUUGAAAUGCUGGGCUCAGUCAGAAGUGACAGCUCCUUGUGCUUUGAACAGUAAGGAUAACUGCCAAUGGAACAAUAUGAAAUAUAAAUCAGUAUAUAAGAAUGCGAAUCUACAGGUUCCAGUGGGACUGACCAUACAUACCUCUUUAGUAUGUUCUGUGACUCUGUUUAUUACCAUCUUGUGUUCUACUUUAAUCCUUGUGGCUGUUUUCAAAUAUGGCCGUUUUUCCCUAUGAGUUUUAUGUAGUUAAACGCUUUCCAUAAACCUAAAUAAGACCUAUUCAUUUGUGACUAGAAGUGUUCUAGAAUUGUCAUUACUUUUUUCUUUCAUCUUCAUUUAUGGCUAAUAUUAUGUUUACUAGAGGAAAUUCUGGAUGAUUCUCAGCUAAUUUCAAAAUUCAGUGCUCUGUUGUGUCGACCUCUCAUAAUCCUCAAGCAUCAAGUGCCAAUAGAGGAAACUUAAUUCUGUUAAAUUAAUAUUUAUCUUGUGAGAAGGGACUUUAUCUUCAUUUGUGUUAUAAAUGAGUACUUUAUAUAUUAGAGACAAAUUAUCGCUAAAAAUUGAGAAAAUUGUUAUGAAUAAAAUUAAUUUGGAUGAA